GUUAUAAUUCUACCUACACGUGGUAGUGAAUUUUCUAGUGGCUACAUAUAGUAAAUAGUUUCAAAUCCUGCAGAUAAUAAAAAAAAAACAUAAGUAAUAAACAAAGAAACUUCUUGACACAAUGUUGAUUGCGAUACGAGUUAAUUAUUAAUGUGUUAAGUGUAUAAUCUAUGAUUAAUGUGUCUUUUUUGGUUCUUACAUAAGAAAUUAAUUGUUAAGCCAUUGACCACAAGAGGAAAAUGCUUUUUUUGGAACAGUUUGCACAUAGCGUCAUUUUUUGUUAUUGAACUGGCGUAACAAAAUUUUUGAUUAUUAUUUGAGAAAACAGUGUUGUUUAACAUUCUACCAUACUUUAACAGUUUUAAACUACGCCUUUUCGUCACAAGUUAUAAGAUAAAAGUUUUCAAAAUCUGGCAACAAAAUAAUUGAGUGCUUGCUUACACGUCAAAUGACUGAGAUUUCUAUAAAAUGUACAAUAUUUAUUGUUAAAUAGGAUAUUUAGUGUGCUCCAUGUGUAAAUAAGUACAAAGAAACAAUUUCAAAAAUCUUUAAUGUGCAAACGAAGUGCAUAAACAUUCCUUAUUAAUAGCAAUAAAUUAAACUAAGCUUAUCAAUAAAAUGGGUGGUCUAUUUAGUUACUUUAGAGGAUUGCUGGGUGCAAGGGAAAUGCGGAUUUUGAUACUUGGAUUGGACGGUGCCGGAAAGACGACAAUUCUUUAUAAAUUGCAAGUCGGUGAGGUCGUGACCACUAUACCGACGAUUGGGUUCAACGUAGAACAAGUCACAUAUAAAAAUCUCAAGUUCCAAGUGUGGGAUCUUGGGGGACAGACCAGUAUUAGGCCUUAUUGGCGAUGUUACUAUGGCAACACAGAUGCAAUAAUAUAUGUUGUAGACUCAGCUGACAGGGAUCGAAUAGGAAUAUCUAAAGAUGAACUUGUGCAUAUGUUAAGGGAAGAAGAAUUAGCGAACGCGAUACUCGUUGUUUUAGCCAACAAACAGGACAUGGCCGGAUGUCUGACAGUAGCCGAGGUACACCAGGCCCUGGGCUUGGACGCCUUGCGCGAUAGAACCUUCCAGAUCUUUAAGACUUCAGCCGUCAGAGGCGAGGGGCUAGAUCAGGCGAUGGACUGGCUCUCGAACGCGCUUCAAGCUAGGAAAUAACGUAUACAGUUGGGUUUUAUAUGAAGAGAGACAGAGACGGCAUCACCGUGAAACGAACCUGUGUGAUAAGGACAGAUAUAAGAAGAUAGUCGUAGUCAUCUUUAACGCCAUUAGUAUAUAGUGCACCACGUCGUCGCCAAAACUAUCCAUGUUGCUGUCGAUUUGUACAUUAUGAAUAAGCCAGAGAAAAUUUCUUUCGUGAUAAAAUUCACAGCAAACCGAAUCGUAACUUGUACUUAAAAAGAAACAUUUCGCUUACUGGCAAGACCAUUUAAAAGCGUUGUCGUUAGACUUUGACGACAACCUAAAGCACGACGUUGCGUGAAUUUAUUUAUUUACUGUUGAAGCUUAACAUGAAAGUUAAUGUAAACGUUAGUAAUACAAAUUAAAGAACAAAAUCGCUUGACAUUGCCUCUCGGGCUCUUCGAAAAGUUCAAAUGAAGUUCAGUAGAAACACAGUCUUGAUUUUGUAUACAUCGUACAGUUCUCGUUUAAAGAAAGAAAUAAAUAUAUGUAAAGUAUUUUUAACUGUCUGUUUAUUAGUUUGUUUUAAUAAAGCCAAAUAUCGUUCUUUUGGUUCCGGUUCCUUGUGCCUGAAGUGUUUUUUAACAGAUGAGUGAUCGCUACUGAUAACUGUCAGUUAUCACGCGAAGAACCCGACUGCCCGCUAUAGAAAGCAGAGUACAUAUUAAAUACACUUGACAUUGGCGAAAUCUAAAAGGAAACGCCAUAAACCUAAGAGAUAGAUAGACUAAUUUCUCAGAAAAUAUCAAUGUCACCGUCUGUCGAGGACGUAAUAGCCUGCAGGUUGACCAACUAUUGCUCAGCGUUUUCCCAGUAAUACAUAUGUCGUAAUGCAUCUUUUUAUAUCUGUUUUUAAAUUAUUAUUUUUCCGGAAAAACUAAGGUUAAGUUCAAAGCUAGCUUCGUGUGGCGAAUUGAAAACCAGAUGGUCCGUUAACUGUCGAAGCAAAAAUGUAUUAUAGUCCGGUGGCGACGUAAAAACAAAAGGUAAUUUGUUCAGUGUGAUGGACUUUUAUAAGCGUCGGUAUAUUUUUUAUCUGAAAAACCUUACACCGGCCUGUAAUUUAUAUAUUUAAUAAUAUUUAAGUAUAAACCGCGUCAUAAUGUUAUUCCAAAUAAAUACAUCGUGUAUUUAAAUAAA